GAUCUUGUUUAAAUGUAACCAAUCGAAUAAUUCUUGCUGGAGAUUUCGAUAUAACUUUAACGCCCGAGACAAAACAAAACUAUACAACCAUCUUCAAAAUAAAAUUUAAAAUGGGCUAUCUAAUCGGCGAUAGAUUUUCUGCAACAAGCAAUGGUCAAAACAUUGUUAUAACAGAAGAUUAUAUUUCUGGGAAAAUGCCCAAUUACCUUCAAAAGAAACUCUACGAAUACUGGAACAUCAAAAAUACUCAUAUGUCAAAAAAGAAGAUUAUACCCUGUUCACCUUAUGCUGGAGCAAUUGACCAUCAAGUUCUCAUUGUGACCAGACUGAAAGUCUAUCCAUCAAGAUUAAGUCUAGUGACAGCCAUGGAUUAUAGACUAGCAAGAAAAAAGAAAGCCGAUUGGAUUGCACUUGUAUCUAAAUCUACGAGCAAGAAAGUAAAGGACAAGAAUACUUCAAUCACCCUGUUUUUAUUUCUUGUUAAUCAGACUGAUAAUAAGAAACGAUGCCAGAAUAUUGUGUCAGCACUUUUUCUUUCGGGCAAGAUUAAGAAAAUUGUAUUUCACCUUGAAGCGAGCAUUCACGUUUGUCAAACAGUAACGAUAGGAUAA